GCGCUAGGAGAGCAAAGGAGCACCAGAGGCAAGACGAGGAGUGCGGGGAGGAGGAGGAGAAAGCCCGAGGGGAGGAGGAAUCCGAAAAGGAUCGCUGUCAUAUAAAGGAGGGCUUUUCUUCUUCUCUCUCUCUCCUUUCAUCCUUUUAUCCAUCCUUCAUUUUUUUCUCUUCCUUUUGUUUUUUUUUUUUGUUUUUUUUAAUCAUCAUGGCCGCUAAGUCAGACGGGGUGCUGAAGAUGAAGAAAAGCGACGUUGCAUUCACCCCAUUGCAGAAUUCGGAUCAUUCGGGCUCAGUGCAAGGUCUGGCUGGAGGGUCGCAACCCGGAUCAGGUUCUGGCGACGGGGGCUGUUCGGACGGCGGAUCCCGGUGCUGCUGCAGUGGCGGUGGGGACAGGAGAGGCGCUGCUGUGGACGGUGGUGGGUCGCUGUCCCUGCGCCUGGGCAGGGAGCAGCAGCGCUAUUCUGUAUGGGAUUGCCUUUGGAUCCUGGCCGCGGCUGCCGUCUACUUCGCGGAUGUGGGCAGCGAUGUCUGGCUGUCUGUGGACUAUUACAUGCGGGGCAGGCUGUGGUGGUUCUGGUUGACCUUGUUCUUUGUGGUCCUGGGGUCGCUCUCUGUGCAGGUCUUCAGCUUCAGGUGGUUCGUGCACGAUUUCAGCACCGAGAACAGCUCCCAGUGCUCUCCGAUGGAAGCCAAAGCAGUCGGGGGCUCUGCUGCAGUAGGAGAGGUGGAUGUCCGACCCACCACCCCGCAGAGACAGGCAUCAACAGCCAGCAGCAAGACAAACAACCCCACCAGCAUCAGCACCACCAGGGCCAACAAGAGCAGAUCUGCCUCCUGCUCCUUCUGCAUCUGGGUGAUGCAGUCACUCAUCCACAUCCUGCAGCUGGGACAGAUCUGGAGGUAUUUUCAUACAAUAUACUUGGGAAUUCGAAGUCGGCAGAGUGGAGAAAAUGACAGGUGGCGAUUUUACUGGAAGAUGGUAUAUGAGUACGCAGAUGUGAGUAUGUUGCACUUGCUUGCGACAUUUUUGGAAAGCGCCCCUCAACUCGUCCUUCAGCUGUGCAUUGUCGUACAAACUCGGAAUUUCCAGUCCCUUCAAGGUGUGACUGCAGCAGCAUCUCUCGUUUCCUUGGCUUGGGCUCUCGCAUCAUAUCAGAAGGCAUUACGUGACUCUCGGGAUGACAAGAAACCCAUCAGUUACAUGGCUGUUAUCAUACAGUUUUGCUGGCACUUCUUUACCAUUGCGGCCAGAGUGAUAACAUUCGCUCUCUUUGCCUCGGUUUUCCAACUCUACUUUGGAAUAUUUAUUGUGCUUCAUUGGUGCAUCAUGACCUUCUGGAUUGUCCAUUGUGAGACAGAAUUCUGUAUCACUAAAUGGGAGGAAAUUGUGUUUGAUAUGGUAGUUGGAAUAAUCUAUAUCUUUAGCUGGUUUAACGUCAAGGAAGGAAGGACACGGUGUAGGCUAUUUAUUUAUUAUUUUGUCAUCCUACUGGAAAACACUGCCUUGAGUACCCUUUGGUAUCUACAUAAGGGCAUACAAAUCCCGGAUGCAUUUGCUAUCCCAGCACUGUGUGUAGUGUUUAGCAGCUUUUUAACUGGUAUUGUUUUUAUGUUGAUGUACUAUGCCUUCUUUCAUCCUAAUGGACCUAGGUUUGGGCAGUCUCCAAGCUGUGCUUGUGAAGACCCUGUAACUGCCUUCCCAUUGCCCCCUGAGGUGGCAUCAAACACUCUAAGGUCUAUGUCUAACAAUCGAAGUGUGACCAGUGACCGAGACCAGAAAUUUACUGAAAGAGAUGGCUGCAUGCCAGUCUUUCAGGUGAGGCCUACAGCUCCCUCAACACCAUCAUCAAGGCCUCCAAGGAUUGAAGAAUCAGUCAUUAAAAUAGACCUGUUCCGGAACAGGUAUCCAGCCUGGGAGAGGCAUGUGUUGGACAGAAGCCUACGGAAGGCAAUCUUAGCCUUUGAUUGUUCGCCUUCUCCGCCCAGGCUUCAGUAUAAAGAUGAUGCUCUUAUUCAGGAGCGCUUGGAAUAUGAAACCACAUUGUAACAAAAACACAAACUAAUAACAAAGUUAAAACUGCAAAUAAAAACAGAAUAUAAAAGGAC